AUGACACCAUCACAGGCAGUCCCAGCUCUGAGCCUUCAAGAGUUCAUAAAAGAACCCGCCAAUUUUAAAGUCCCAGAGUGCUACGUUUGCGAAGAAGAAUCCCCAAUGCCCGCGGAGGCAAUUUCGUUGCCACCCCUCCCCACCAUUGACAUGAAACGCUUGCUUAGUGGGAAAACCAUGGAUUUGGAAUUCCACAAGUUGCACACAACUUGCAAAGAAUGGGGUUUCUUCCAGCUGGUGAACCAUGGAGUAAGAGCUUCACUGAUCAAGAAUCUGAAGUCUGAAAUUGAAAAAUUUUUCAAGCUACCUUUGGAAGAGAAAAUGAAGUACGAGCCAAGGCCAGGUGACAUUGAAGGGUAUGGGCAGACCUUAGCUCUAUCUAAAGACCAAAAGCUUGACUGGGGAGAUAGGUUCUACAUGCUUGUCAAUCCUGUUCAUGAACGAAAGCCACAUCUCUUGCCAGAGUUCCCUCCAUCGCUAAGGGAUGUGUUGGAGUGUUAUUUCUCAGAGUUGCAGAGAGUUGCGAUGACACUGCUGGGGCAGAUGGCAAAAGGGCUAGAGGUGGAGAUGGGAGAGGUGGAGGAGACGUUUGAGAAUGGGAUGCAGUCGCUGAGGAUGACUUACUAUCCUCCAUGCCCACAGCCAGAGAAGGUGAUAGGCCUGAAGUCCCACACGGAUGGGUCAGGCCUCACCAUCCUCUUGCAAGUUAACGGAGUUCAAGGUCUCCAAAUCAAAAAAGAUGGCAUUUGGAUUCCAGUCAACUUCCACCCAAAUGCCUUCAUUGUUAACAUUGGAGACAUUCUUGAGAUUUGGAGCAAUGGAGCAUACAAAAGUGUUGAGCACCGAGUCACAGUGAAUUCAACGCAAGAGAGAAUCUCCCUUGCUAUGUUUUUCAGCCCCAAGCUCCAAGCUGAAGUUGGCCCUGCAAGAAGUCUCAUAAACUCACAAAACCCACCGCAAUUUGAGAGCACAGUGAUGCAAAAUUACAUAAAGAAUUUUUUCUCUCGUAAGCUGGGUCCAAAGACAAACCUAGAGCACAUGAGGACUGUUAAAAAGGGAGGAAGAUACAUAGGCUGAACUGUGCAGUUGGUUUUAUGUAUCGGCACUAAUAUCCUUUAUGCAUGCACGUAUGUAUAGUAUGGCUUCUAUAUGUACUCGUUAAGCUCCUCGUCCCAUCACAUUGCAGCUUGAAUAAUCCUACCAAUUACCACUUCAGGGCUCGCGGCCACUGGGUAGUUGCACGUAAAAUAAAUAAACCCUUCUCUUGGGUUGUUGUCUGGUUUCAUUUAUAAACAUUUUACCAGUUAAUGAA